AUGAAUAUUAAAAUUUUACGGCCAUACACAGUGAAAAGCACCGGAACCCGUCCGAUCUCCGAAGUUAAGCCACUGAUGGCCCAGUCAGUACUAUGGUUGGGGACAACAUGGGAAUACUGGGUGCUAAAUUUUAAAUUUGCUUCUGCUCCGUACUUACAUCACGUAAAAUUAGUCCGAGCAUUGACAUAUGGAGCGCGUAUCCUACCUCUCAAUAACCAUUUAAAUGAUAGCGAAGACGUGUUUAAUGAUCCCAUGAAUCGGGGCGAAUGCAAAAAUGAAGGUAAUGCUGAUAAGGAAAUUCCGGUGCCAUUAGGCAUGUGGGACUUUGAUCAUUGUGACCCAAAAAGAUGCUCGGGCAAAAAACUUUCCAGACUAGGUAUUGUAAAAAUUCUAAAGAUUUCAAAUAGAUUUCCCGGAAUUACCCUGAGUCCACAAGGACAACAAGCUGUUUCACCGGCUGAUCGAUCAAUUAUUCAAAAAUUCGGGCUCGCAGUCGUUGAUUGUUCAUGGGCGAGGUUAGAGGACGUGCCAUUCGCAAGGUUGAAGACGUGUCAUGAUCGAUUGCUACCAUAUUUGGUUGCAACAAAUCCCACGAAUUAUGGUCGACCAUGGAAAUUGAAUUGUGUUGAGGCCUUUGCCGCGGGAUUUUACAUUACUGGAUUUCCUGAAUACGCUCAGAAACUCUUAUCCAAAUUUAAAUGGGGUCACGCAUUCUUUGCAGUAAACGGGGAUUUACUAAAAAAGUAUGCUGCGUGUAAAGAUUCGGGUGAAGUUGUCAAAGUUCAGAAUGAAUGGUUAAAAGAAAUUGAAGAAGAAUAUGCCCAAGCGCGUGAAAAAGCAGACGAUACCAAUGACGAUUUGAUGGUAGAAAAUCCUAAUCAUUUGUUACCGAGCCCAGAUGACGAUUCGGAUUUUGAUAUACAUGAAAUAAGCGAUUUUAGCCGAUUAACAUUGAAUGAUCAGAGUGUCGACAAUUUCGAUGAUAGGGGUUCACAAAGUGAAUAA